AUGCUGACCAAACGAAAAAAUACCAAAUAUAUUCAGAAUUAUGACUUUCCGCCUACAAAACUUCGAAACGUGUUUUGUAUACAAUGUAAACAUCAGUUCUUUUUUCAAGAAUUUGUUCCUUUUCGCGGUGUAAUUCCCUUAUUAUUAAGUUGUGGACAUGUGAUAUGUGACAAGUGUACAAAAUCAUUUCUUCAUAAACCUUGUCCCCAGUGUAACACGAUUUCACGAUGUGAGAGUGAUCAAAAUUUUUCAUUACCUUUAAAUGUAUAUACAUUGGGUUUAAUGGUUAUGUCGCAUAAUCGACCACUUAAUACAGACGAUGUAGAUAUUUCUUUUCAUAAAUCAGUCAGUAUUAAAUCAAAGCAACAGUCUAUAGAAGGCUUGUGUCACGAAUGUGGAAUUCAAGCAGCCAUAAAGUGUCCACAAUGUAUUGCUCUCUUUUGUCAUAAUUGUUAUUCCAAGAUCCAUGGAAAAGCAUUGCAAAAUCAUUCGAAAAUUAUGUUAACAGAAAAUGAUAAUGAAAAUACUUUCGUUAUAAGAAAUACUUGUUCAGAACGUUGCAAUGAAUCGGUGGGAUACUACUGUGAAAAUUGUGAUAUAGCUGGAUGUUCUCAUUGUAUGUUACGGUUACAUCAAAAACAUAAUUAUCAACCAUUAAUUAAAAAGAAUGAACAACAGCUGUUGGAUUUCUACAGUACGUUUGAUCGUGUAAGCAAGAACUUGCAGAGGAUUCGGCAGUCAAAAAAGAGUAUAAAGUACAAAUACAAAAUUGAAAAACCAAUUUGUUUUGAUACAUAA